AUAAAAUUUAAGUAUAAUGAUAAUUUUAUUCUUUUGUAUUUUAUUUCAACAAAAUGAAAUUUUAGUUAACAGAAAUUCUAUUGUCUAUAUCUAUUAAAUUCACAGGAAAAAUACAUGGAACUAAAUUAAUCUAUAUUGCAUAAUACUGCGCUUAGAUAUACUUGAGAUAAGAAAAACAUUGGAAAACUACCAGAAGUUCAUGGAACAAUUCUUAUUGUGCAUUUUCAUGCUCGACGUUAGUAAUAAGAUCUAUAAUGAAUAUAAUAAUCUAAAAAUAUUGCUUAUUUACAUAACAUAAAGGUAUAUAUGAGAAACCGGCCGACAAAAAUAUUGAAAGAUAUCACAAUGUCUCUUAUUACAACGUUCUUUGUAUCUGUGUUCCUAAUUUAUUUUUUAGAUAUACCAUUUAAUACGGCUGACUUACUGGGUAACCGGCUAUCGAUUCAAAAUUUUCAAGAUCGCCAUCCCGAAGAAGGUGUCCUCGAAAUUUUUAUGAAUCCGACAUCAAUCAUUUCAAAUGAUCGUGCGUCAAUCGACAAUAUACUGGAGUUAGACCUUAAAGCGGAUGAUAUUAAUUAUGAGCUUUAUACCAAGGACAAUAAAGAGCAACUUUAUCCUUUGCGAGUAGGUGAUGUUACUCAACUAAAGGAUUCGCCAUUUAAUAAUGCAUGGCCCACGAAGAUCAUUAUUCACGGAUGGACAGAAAACGGAAAUGCUUUUUGGCUACACGAUAUCCGGCGAAACUAUCUUAGCAUUGGUGAUUAUAAUGUGAUUUAUGUAGAUUGGUUUACCGGAUCAACCAAAGAAUAUCUAACGUCCGUCAAACUCAUUCGUCAGGUGGGAGAAUAUGUGGCUGCGUUUAUCGAAUUUCUCAAAUCGGAAACUCAAAUCUCCUUCGACGAUAUUCAUAUUUUGGGGCAUAGUUUAGGUGCUCAUGUAGCCGGAUAUAUCGGUAAUUACACAUCGAAGAAACUCGGACGAAUCACCGGUCUCGAUCCAGCUGGACCCGCGUUCGAGACGCCGUAUCUUAAAGAUACGGAGGAGCGACUGGAUGCCGCAGACGCCAAUUUUGUGGAUGUUAUUCAUACUUGCGCCGGCAGUUUAGGCUUCCUCCGACCCAUCGGCCAUGCAGAUUUUUAUCCAAACGGAGGAACGUUUAGGCAACCUGGUUGCCCUGUAUUUUCAUCCCAAACAUGCAGCCACGGUAGAUCGCAUCAGUUUUUCGCAGAGUCCAUCGUGCAUCCUGAUGGCUUCGUCGCCGUACAAUGCUCCAACUGGAUGGAUUUCCAACUCGGUAAAUGCAGUGAUUCUAGUAAUUCUAGCACCGCCCUUAUGGGUGAAUUUAUCAACACUGAUGUUCAAGGUAUUUUUUAUCUACAAACCAACGCACAACCACCAUUCGGAAAGGGCAAAAUGAAUAAUGGUGGAAACGGAAAGCUUUAAUGUCUACACUUAUGACACAUAUGUAUUUUUCAUUACAAUUAACGAUACCACAAGAAAACGUAUAAACGUAGAAAGUAUCCUAAGCUUUCGGCACACAAUACAAUUUUUCAUGCUAGAUCGCAUACGGGGCAUCUUAAUACGCGUCCUGAUUGGCUCGGAUGAUUAUGUCACCAAUCGUAAGCCAAUGAGGAUAAUACGUAGUAAGACGCCUCGUAUGCAAUCUAGCAUGAAAAAUCGUAUCGUGUGCCGAAGGCUUUAUUUAUAUAUCUCUAUCACAAAUACAUUACAAU